CUUCCCUCAGGCAGCGCCGGGCCGGUCCCGCAGAGCAGCCCCGCGCCUCCUCGCAGCUCCGGAGCCGCCGCCCGCCCGCCAAGAUGGAGCAAACUUGUGAUGAUAUAGAUGAAAUGUUCAGCAAUUUACUUGGGGAGAUGGACAUGCUGACUCAGAGUUUAGGAGUGGAGACUGUACCACCUCCAUGCCCCAAAGAGUCCAACAAUGAAUGUAGCUUUACAGUUGGUUUUAAAGAUUUAAAUGAAUCGCUAAAUGCCCUGGAGGACAAAGACCUGGAUGCUUUAAUGGCUGAUCUUGUAGCAGACCUUAAUGAUGUUGAGCAGAAAACUUUACAAGCCCAGAAAACUACUUCUUGCAACCAGCAAAGUACAGUCACUCAGCCUUCCACAGGCUUGAAUAGUGACAUUUAUUCUAAAGUAAGCCCCUAUGUUACCGUUACUGGACGGUUUGGCGAUGAUUUGCCCCCUCCACCUCCAGACCCUGAACCAGAACUUCCACCACCACCACCACCACCUCCUCCUGAGCCACUUACUCAGGAAGAACUAGAGGCAAAGGCUAAAGCUGACAAGAUUAAACUUGCAUUGGAGAAACUGAAAGAAGCCAAAGUUAAAAAGCUUGUUAUCAAGGUGCACAUGAACGAUAACAGCACAAAGUCUCUAAUGGUGGACGAGCGUCAGGUGGCACGGGAUGUUUUGGACAAUCUCUUUGAGAAAACCCAUUGUGACUGCAAUGUGGACUGGUGUCUGUAUGAGAUGUACCCAGAGCUGCAGAUUGAAAGGUUUUUUGAAGACCAUGAAAAUGUUGUUGAAAUAUUAUCAGACUGGACUCGAGAUACUGAGAAUAAGAUUAUGUUUUUGGAAAAAAGUCAUAAAUAUGCUUUAUUUAAAAAUCCCCAGAAUUUCUACUUGGCAAACAAAGGGAAGAAAGAAAGCAAAGAAAUGAAUGAUAAAAACAAAGAGGCUUUGCUGGAGGAAAGCUUCUGUGGGACAUCUGUCAUUGUGCCAGAGCUUGAAGGGGCUCUUUAUUUAAAAGAAGAUGGAAAAAAGUCCUGGAAGAGGCGUUAUUUUCUUCUACGAGCUUCUGGAAUUUAUUAUGUACCCAGAGGAAAAACCAAGACAUCACGGGAUCUGGCAUGUUUCCUUCAGUUUGAGAACGUGAAUGUGUAUUAUGGUUAUCAACACAAAGUGAAGUAUAAGGCACCUACAGAUCACUGCUUUGUCUUAAAGCACCCCCAGAUUCAAAAGGAGUCACAAUAUAUCAAGUACUUGUGCUGUGAUGAUAAAGCAACCCUUCAUCAGUGGGUAACAGGAAUAAGAAUUGCCAAGUAUGGCAAGAUACUCUAUGACAAUUACAAAUGUGCAGUGAAGAAAGCUGGCUUGUCCUCUCGGUGGGCGAAUCAAAAAGUGGUGGAACCAGCUGCCCCUGCCCCUGCCCCUGCCCCUGCAGGAUCCUCAUCAGCAGGUACUGUUCAGUCAAAUGGACAGAUUCCCCAAAGUGUUCGUCGUUUCAGUGCAGAAUUUCCAGACACUCAGAAGAAAGUGGAUACAUCUGAGGCACAGGCUGAAACAAAUAAUGGCAGUGCACCUUGCCUGGCACAGCCAUUGCUGAGGCCACAGAAAGUCCAGAGUAAGAGGACCUCACUGCUGCCUCCUCCUCCACCUGAAAGGCGUUCAUCUAUUAUUUCUGCUUCACCAGUUCUACCCUCCAAAGUGAAACGAGACAGCGGCAUUUUCCUAACAGAUCCAGAGAGCUUUCCAGAACCACCACCUACACUGAAGAUUGAUUUUCCUCCACCACCACCACCAUCUGAUUUCUGUGAACCACCUCCUGAUUUUGUGCCUCCACCACCACCAGUGUCCAGCAGCAGUAAUGGAGAUGUGCCAUUACCCCCUCCACCUCCACCUGUCUCCAGUAAGCUGCCACCACCACUUCCAGUGAAGAAACCUGUACCACUUCCUCCAAAAAGGCUGGAAAAUACAGGACAAGAUAGAGAGCCACAGUCAGCAGGGCCACCUCUGAUUGCAGGGGGAGGCAAGCAAGCAGAUUUUAUGUCUGACCUAAUGAAAGCUCUUGAGAAGAAAAGGGGUAACUGCUCCUGAACUCUGGGAGUGGGUAGACUUUAAGACAUAGCUGGUUUUGUGAGACAGCACAGAAGGUCAUGCUGGAUCAGGCUUCUCCAUGAGGAAUUCUUCUUCAGAGUUCCUCUUGGGGGGUCUCCAGAAGAUGGGGCACCCUUUGUCCCCCACUCUGUCCCUGUAACCUGCCCCUUUCCCCCUGCACCUCACCAUCCUCUGCUCUUAGCUCCCAUUCCAGCACCAGGCCAAGGUAAGAAUUAGU